UGUCCUGCUGAUGAGACAGACUCUUAUUUAGAGUAUGUGUGUGUGUGUGAAAGAGAGAGGUCAGUGGAAAACAAGAUGAAGUGUAUUUUAGGCUGUGAACUAGGGCUGGGCUUCUGAGAGUUAACCCAGCCAGUAUUCGCUGCUGGCAGAAGUUUGUGUCAGACUUUCAAAUGUUUUCAGAUGAGCUGUUUUACUGGGACUGACACACCAGGAGCAAGGGAGAGGCGAAGGGAGUAACAGGACUGACACACCAGGAGCAGGGAGCAAGGGAGAGGCGAAGGGAGUAACAGGACUGACACACCAGGAGCAGGGAGCAAGGGAGAGGCGAAGGGGGAAGUCGAGGAAAAUUGAUUUAUAAAUGCACGGGAUGAACAGAAACUAGCUGAAAUAGUGGGGCUGGGGGGGGGGGGGAGGAGGGAAGCAGAACAGGAUCAGAGCACACGUUAAAAAGGAAGGAACAAGUGAUUUGAAGGCCAGCAUUUACUUCCUAGUGACUGGGAGGGAAGACCCCCCCUAGAAGCCAGUGAGCAUGGGCCUCUCUGAGCCAUUUCUCUGAGGAGCACAACGAUGUCAGGGGGGUCCCGUCUGAAGCGGCUGGAGGAGGGGGUGCUGCAGGACGGCAGUCCAGUCAGUCUGCAGACACUGCUGGACCUGCUGGUGUGCGUCUUUGAAGAGCUCCGGAUCUUUCCGAUUGCACAGGAGAGUCAUGUCGCAAGCUUCCUGCAGUGGGCCGAGCCCCUGGCACGACAGGUGAAGCAGUUGCGACUCCAGAGGGAAGACUUUGAGAUCCUCAAGGUGAUUGGUCGUGGAAACUUCAGCGAGGUUGCCAUAGCGAAAAUGAGGCGCACAGAGCGGGUGUACGCAAUGAAGAUUAUGAAUAAAUGGGACAUGGUGAAGCGCGGAGAGAUUGCCCGCUUCCAGGAGGAGAGGGAGGUGAUGGUCAGGGGUGAUCGGCGCUGGAUCACUGAGCUCCACUACGCCUUCCAAGAUGACAAUAACCUGUACCUGGUGAUGGACUAUUACGUGGGAGGUGACCUGCUGACUCUGCUCAGUAAGUUUGGAGAUCGGAUCCCAGAGGAGAUGUCCCAGUUCUAUCUGGCAGAGAUGGUGAUGGCUGUCGACUCCAUACACAGGCUGGGCUACGUGCACAGAGAUAUCAAGCCUGAUAACAUCCUGUUGGACGCACAGGGACAUAUCAGACUGGGAGACUUCGGCUCUUGUCUCAAACUCAGGGAAGACGGAAUGAUCCGUUCGUCAGUGGCGGUGGGGACCCCUGAUUACCUCUCCCCCGAGAUCCUGCACGCUGUGGAAGACAGCUCUUGCUGCUAUGGGCCCGAGUGUGACUGGUGGUCCCUGGGGAUCUGUGCGUUUGAGAUGUUCUUCGGGCAAACCCCUUUCUAUGCCGACUCCAUCGCUGAGACUUACGCCAAGAUAAUCAACUUCCAGGAGCACUUUGAGUUCCCAAGGUCAGUUCCGGAGGUCUCUGAAGAAGCCCGGGAUCUUAUAGGUGGUCUGGUUUGUGGGAGGCAGCAGCGACUGGGGAGAUGCGGGUUUGAGGACUUCAAGGGGCACCCCUUCUUUGUGGGUAUUAACUGGGAGAAGCUGCGGCACUGCCAGCCCCCCUUCCAGCCAGAGGUGAUGAACUCCACCGACACCUCCAACUUCGACGUGGUGGACGACUGUCUCAGCGACGUGAACAAAAAAGACUGCUACACUGAAUAUGUUGACAGAAAGGAGAGUCUGUCUGAAGUGCUGGAGGAUGUGCCUCUGGGAGUUCAUCUAGCCUUCGUGGGCUAUUCAUACACAGCAACCAAAGAGACGGGUACUGUGGACCGGAGCAGAGACAUCAUGGUGGAGAUCAGCAGAGAGCAGCUCUCUGAAGAACAGGACCUGCUGUUCCAGGAAACUCUGAGUCAGGUGUGGAUGCCGGCUGAGCUGCCCCCAUGCCUAGAGCUCCCCCUGGAGCCAGAGGAGGGUAUUGCAGAGCCAGACAGCUGCCAGGAAGAGACAUUCAUCAGCAGGACCAUCAUUGGAAACCUGGAGAGUCGUUUGCGAGAUGCAGAGAGACGGAACUGGGAGCUAGAAAAGGAGAUUGAGAGGUUAAACCUGGAGAUCAAGACCCUGAAAUCUGCACGAGAGAAAGAGCUAAGAAUCCUCCAAUCUCUCCACUCUCUCCCUGCCUGCAGCCUGGACCACACGUGGGAUAGCUCAGUGGCGCCCUCUCUCUGCAAGUACCCCCUUGUUGUUCCGAUCCACCGACACCUGCUCCUCUUCUCCAGGAUGCGUCGGCCGAGUGCGAGGAAUGAGGGUUACCUGCUUCUCUGCACGGCCGGAUGGGUGUUCAGCUCUGUGGCCUGCCGCUCACUAACUGAGCUCUCCUGAAUGAAGUACGCUACUGACUGAACAAACCCCACCGCACCCCAAAACUGGCAUCUAACCCUAUGACAACAUGCUGUCACAUAAAAAGAAAGAACGGAAGAAAAAAGAAAGAAACUUGCAGACAUACACAGCUUGGAAGUAGAGGAGGGGGUAGAGACUUUCCCGGGUGCUAAUCAAAAAAGUAACGAGAGACGUCAAGUUUAAGAACAGCACAGUCCCAAGGUGCUGAUCUCAACGCCUCUGAGCAGAGCACGCCAAAGAUUAGAUUCUUGGUACAAAGACUGCUGUUUUGUUCUGGAAAAUUAAGUUAUGGACAUUUUUCUUCAUUGGAACAGAUGGUUUCUGCUGCUACUAGGGAAAUGUUUGUAAAAGAUUGUAUGGGUAAUUCUUUUACUCCCAUUGGCAUUCAUCAGUCUCUGCUUGAGAAAGGCCCAGGACUGAAUGGGGGUGUUCAGCUCAGGACUGUUUCAUUGUAGCCAGAGCCAUAGUCCCUGAUAUUAGCACUACAUUAAAUGAAUCCUGAGUGGUUCUGUGUAGUGUUGCUCCAACACUGAGUUAUUGUUCUCUAUAUAUGUAUAGAUAUCAAUCAAUCAAUCUUUAUUUUAUAUAGCGCCUUUCAUAGUGGACCACCAUCACAAAGCGCUUUACAAGAUAGUGCGGAACAAUGCAUAAUACAUUAAAUACAGUGAGAUACAGGGCAUAGUACAUGAAAUACAAACAGUAAAAAACAAUGUAAAUACAUUAGAUACAGGCAUAUUACAAUGCAAAUACAUUAACUACAGGCAUAUUACAUUAAAUACAGGGCUAGGGUGUGAAUUCUAAACACUGUGGAUGCGUGUGUCAUACAGAAUCAUAUGAAUAAGAGGGAGUGAAAAACCUGAAAUUGCAAUUUAGACAAAAGCUAAUAACAGAUAUCAGGCUUAAAGAGCACUAAAAGCAAGAGAGAACAAGUGUGUCCUGAGAGUCGAUUUGAAGCGAGCAACGGUGGUCUGGAGACUUCCUUAUUCUAUUUAAACCAUGUGACAGUGUGACAUUCCAAACCUGCUGGUCAGACCUACUCUGUAUAUAAAUAAGGCCAGCCAAUCUGAGAGGCACAUGGUUUGAAUUGAAUAAAGAAGUCUGUUUAGUCCAAGGCUAUUAGAAAUUCCCAGACAAGAACAUAGACAGGUAAAGACAGAUCACAGUAUCUCAAUAUUGGAUCAACAGACACAGAUCCAUUCGAUAUGAUUAAAAGCAUCAUAAAGUGUAGAGUACAAAUCCAUGGAGGUUAUGACGAGGAUGUGUAACGCACUGUUGAGACCCAAUUCUGGUCACCGCAGUAUGAAAGGGACAUUGAGUCCAACGAAGGGCAACCACACUUAAAGGAAUGAGUGGUGAAGAUAGGGUGAAAGAACCAAAUCUAUUUAGCCUAGAAAAAAAAAAACUAGGGGGACAUGAUCAAGUGUUCAAUGGGCGAUUGUGGUGAAGUGAGGGAAAGCAUAGAAGCAUUGUGGGUCUAUGCAACUCCUAUAUGCUUCCCCACAAUCAGCCUUGACAAAGCUUUUCAGAAGCGACUUUUGCUGGAAUAGUCAGUCAACAUGGCAAAUAAUGACGAAGCAAAAAAACACUAGAUCAUUUUACAAAAAACACACACAACAUGACAUUAAAUGGGUAAGCACAUCAGUAGGACCAUGUAGAUUGUUUAAAGUAUUCCUUCACUUAGAAAUGGAAACACUGCUGAGACCCUUGCUGACUACUUUAAACUUCAGUUUGUUUUUUGUUAUUUGUAUAAAUUGCAAAUAAUUAUAUAACUGAAUAACUGAGACAUCUGGCUAAAACAGCCAUACCGAUUACCAGAGAGUUCUAUAGAGCUAUACGUAAUACCAGAGUUCUAUAGCGUCAUACAGAAUACCAGAGUUCCAUAGAGUCAUACGGAUUGCCAGAGAGUUCUAUAGAGCCAUACAGAAUACCAGAGAGUUCUAUAGAGCCAUACGGAAUACCAGAGAGUUCUAUAGAGCCAUCCCAAUUACCAGAGAGUUCUUAUAGCCACGCAAAUAAAUAUGUAUAAUGAAGAAGAAAAAUAAUUUAUAAACUGAUAACUCGCUAAUUUAAUAAUUAACUACAAUGUUUUGGCUUCCACCUUGGCUUCAUGAUAGUUCACUUUUCUAAAAAGCUGACUAAAUAGAUUAAAGUGAUUGUGGCUAGCAAAAUAGUUACAUUGUUAGGUCUUAAAUGUGCAGUUUUGAAACGACACAUGCUUUAGCAAACAUUCGUUUUCAUUUCAAAACAUAGUAUCUGCUACGACACUCGGUUCAAGAAUCCUCAGUUUGCAAGCCAUGCUGGAGGGUGAAAUUGUCCCCACCCCUUCACCGGCUUCUUUGGGGUGAAAUGGCCCAGGAAGUAAAGCAGUAAUAGACUUCCUGGAAGGCAAGAACUUUCUUUAACCCAGUUUAAUACCCAAUGAAAAAGCAUGCUUGCUAUAGUGCUGUGUGUUUCUGUAACAAGAGACCUGUGUACAGUAAUUAACAAAAGUGCAACAUUAUUUUGUUCUCUAUAAAUAGUUUAAGACAGCUCAAAUCUGUACUAAAAUGGUCCAAUUCAGGUCCAAAAAGCUAUAUUGGUGCUUAUGAGUAUUAUAUGCACUGGUUAACAAUUCUUCUGCUGUGAAAGAGUCUGGAACAUCUAGGACUAGAAGUCUUUUUCAAUGCCUUCAAGAGAUUAUAAAAGACUUCUAGUCCAAAUGUUUGUCAUGGAAUUGAUUGCAUUCACUAUUGAGUGUUUAUUAGUUAUGGGCAACAGGAAGUUACCGCAAGUAAUUUGAUUAUAAUAUAAUUGUUAUGUAGUCCCCGAGAGGCUCACCUGGUAAAAUGGUGUGCAGGGUGAGUCAUACAGUCACCGGAGCGUCCUGGCUGUGAGAAGUUGGCAGUCUUUGCUGGGGAUUUUGAAGGGAGAUUUGGAUUGGCUCUGGCGUGCCUGUGGUUUAGGGAGGCAAAACCGUCAGGGACUGUUUCUCCUCAUCGCGCUACAGCGCACCCUACUGGCCAGGCACCCAGUGAGCUCAGAGCGGACACCUGCAGGGCUGACCUUUGUCCUCCAGAGGCCGGUAGCUCGCUGACAGCCACUCUUGAGUUCCUGGGUGUAGAAGAGGAAGCUGGCUCGGUCGUGGGAUCGGAGGACGUCCACUGAACCUUCAGUUCUCCUGAGCUAUGUGGGGAAUGGCUGUGGUGAGGGGAAAAAAAACCGUUGGACAUUCUAAAUUGGGGAGAAAAUCGGUGGUAAAACAAUAGGGCACUCUAAAUGAAAGAAAGAAAAAAAAAGAUUGUUAUGUAGCAUUUUAACCAUUAUUGAAAACAGAUUCUGAGGCUGCAGGGGACAGUGACACAUAUUGGUCUAGACUGAGAGAACUCAACAGAUAGUAACUAAGCUGUCCAUGACGUUUUGCACUACACAAGAUGCCCGAGUCUGUAUACGUGUGUAUUUCUAUUAUCAUUAUACACUGCCUAUGAUUCAUAGAACAAACCCUUUCCCUUGGUAGCAAGUCCAGCGAAGGCUCACAUGUCUUUAUGCUAGAUGGAUCUCAAACUAGAGGUUGGAAAACAGCCAUGACACACAGUUCUUCAUCAAUGCAUGUAUUGCAUGUGCGGUCAAUUGUGUAUAAAUCUACAUGUAUGUAUUUAAAGGUUAUAUCAGUACUUUUUAAAGUUCCCCCCCAGACUGACUGUAACGGAAUCAACAUUAGGUUGUGCUCUAAAUCAACGGGAGUCUUUGUGACUGUUCUCACAAGAUUUGGAAUCACACUUGUCAUACAAUAUAAAUAUCUAUAAUCGAACGUUACUAUUCACUGGAUAGAAUGCUACACAUCAAGCUCAGUCACUGGUAACGGGAAUGCCCAGAAAGAAAGAAAGAAAGAAAGAAAAAAAGAAAGAAAAAGAGAAAGAAAGGUGAAUUUCAUAUUUCAUUCAGCCUGUACACAUCAGAUUAACAGUAUGUUUAGGUGUGUGUAGCGUUACUGCAGACAAGAGGCAGUCCUAAACUAUGUGUUAUGCGGGGAAAUCUGCUCUAUGAAUUUUGAGUGGUGAGUGUAUAGAUGAUAAAUGUGCAAUAUUUAAAAUAUAUGGAUGCAUGACAGAAGCACAGUAAGAGAAGUGUCUACAUUUCUGGUAAUAAAAAGAUGAUAAUAUAUAAUAUUGUAACUAUUUUAUUACAGAAAGUUCUUAAUAGAUCUCACAAUAAAAAACAAAAAAACACUUAAA